CCUGUUUUCACUCUCAGCCAGCAAACUCCCGCAGCUGCGUUCAACUGCUUAAUGCAGGGCAGUGAAUUGACCUCUUUGUUCUGAGCAUGCUCCAAACCUGUGGGCAUGCUCAGUAAUGUUUCUUUCUUUCUUUUAAAGCAGCAGCAAAGCCGCCUGGCUCGUAGAAGCCGGCAGCAGAACUUCCUCGGCUGGGCCAGGUUGCGUCCCGCAGCGACCCGGAAGUACCGGAAAGGGUUACUUCUGGGUUUCGCUGCUCACGCAUGCACGCAAGCACUAAAUCGUGCUUCACACAUGCACACAAGCGCCAAAUCACGCUGUGCAGAUACGGCGCUUCAGGUUGUGGGCUUUUCAUGUUGCGAACGAGCCUCCAGAACGGAUCCUGUUCGCAACCAGAGGUACCACUGUACAGCCAUUAAAAGCAAUAAGAGCUUUUUAAAACUAAAAAUGCAGUCAUGGGGCAAGGGCUCUUCUCUUUCUCGGACUCCACCCCAACCGCUCUAUGGCAGCCCAGAAGAAACUGCAGGGUGUGGUGGCAGCCACUGUCACGCCAAUGACUCCGGAUGGGUAACUAUCUCCUUGGCCUUCAAAGCAAUGGCAGUAAGAGAAAUCAACCUCUCUGUGAUUGGCCAAUAUGUGGACUACCUGAUAAGUGAGCAAGGUGUGAAGAAUGUCUUUGUAAAUGGAACCACAGGAGAAGGCCUGUCCCUGAGCGUUCAGGAGAGGAAGCAGCUGGCCGAAGAGUGGGUGACUAAGGGCAAAGAUAAACUGGAUUACGUGAUUAUUCAUGUUGGCGCACUCAGUUUACCAGAAGCAAAGGGACUGGCUAAGCAUGCAGCAGAAAUAGGAGCGGAUGGCAUAGCUGUCAUCGCCCCCUCUUUCUUCAAACAGGUGAAGAAAGAUGCUCUAGUUGCCUUUUUGCGGGGUGUUGCAUCUGAAGCCCCAGGCAUCCCAUUCUAUUAUUACCACAUCCCUCCCCUGACCGGUAUAAAAAUUACUGCCUACGAACUGCUAAAUGGGAUGAUAGAGCAGAUUCCCACCUUUAAGGGGGUGAAGUUCAGUGAUAAAGACCUCCUGGAUUUUGGGCAGUGUGUGAAGAAAAAUGACAGAGGCCAGUUUGUACUUCUGUAUGGUGUGGAUGAGCAACUCCUGGCUGCACUCGCUAUGGGAGCGACUGGGGCAGUUGGAAGCACCUAUAACUAUCUGGGCAAGGCAAAUAACUCAAUGCUGGAAGCUUUUGCCAAGGGAGACCUCUCAUUGGCACAAAAAUAUCAGUGCAGUACCCAGGAAGUAAUCAGCUUUUUCAUUGCACAGGGCUUUGGCGUUGCAGAGACCAAAGCAAUCGUGACUCUGCUUUCAGGGAUACCCAUGGGUCCCCCACGACUUCCCCUCUCAAGUGCCUCUGAGGAGUUCAUUGCCAAUGUAAAACCCAAAUUGGAGAGCCUGAAGAACUGUUGCUACAGCUGACUUUAAGAAUCCAAUGUGGGCAUAGGAACAUGGGCCAUGCAACUUGGUGAACAGGUCUUGCUUGCAUACUUGAGAUGCAUCCUGACUGCUCAGCUUCCGUGAGGAAAUUACCUAAAGACUCCUAACCAGGACUAUGCAUUGAUGCCCUCUACAUCCCUUGCCUGGAUGGAAAACAGUAGCUGCUUUGCUGCUUGGCAAGGAUAGGAUGCCUCUCCAAUAAGAAGAAAAUAGCUUAUUUUGAAAAUAGGAAGAUGCUGUUGACAGAACGUCUAUCAAUUCUUUUGCACUAUUGGGGAAUCAAGACACAGCUUAGACUGCCAAACACCUUUAUGCUUUUCUUGCCACUUUCAUAUAACUGAUGA